GUCGCCAAUACGCAUGCAUGACGCUGGUCUCCAAGACUACAUCAUGGUAUAAAUGGACAAAGGCGCAGUAGAUAUUACAGAGCGGUCAGAGAAGGGAAACAACAUGCAGCUGUUCAGAGUUCCACCCUAUUUACCUUUACUGGUUUUAACAUGCUGGGCAGUUCUCCAAGGCGUCUCUGGGUCGUGCUCGACUGACGGUGAAUGCCAUUCAGGCUCAUGCGACGCAGGCACCAGCAAAUGUGACUGUACCGAUACUGGGUUUAAUGGUGACAACUGUGAAACUGAUAUCAAUGAAUGUACAGCAACUGAUGCCCCCAAACAUGACUGCCAUAAAGAUGCUGACUGUACAAAUACGCCUGGAUCAUUCACCUGCAAAUGCAAGUCUGGCUAUGUUGGAGAUGGAAAGACUUGUACACUUGGCGUGUGCUCCUCUAAUGGCAACGAAUGUUUAAAUGGUGGGACAUGUGAUAUCCCCUCGGAUGGGACUGCUAGUACAUGUAGCUGUGCAGCUGGAUAUACUGGUACACUUUGUGAAAGCGACAUUGAUGAGUGCAGUACAAGUGCUGAUGCCUGUGAUACAAACGCCGACUGCACAAACACGGAAGGAUCCUUCACCUGCAGAUGCAAGUCUGGCUAUGUUGGAGAUGGAAAGUCUUGCACAGAGGGUGUAUGUUCUGAGGGUGGAACAGAAUGCGUCAAUGGAGGAGCAUGUGACACAAGCAGCACCCCCACCAAGUGUCAAUGUGCGGACGGUUACACAGGAGACACCUGUCAGAAUGCUGGAGGUACGGUGAAGAUUUCAGCAUACCUAAUGGCGUUGACUGUUCUCACCUUUUUCGUCAUCCUGUGAAAUGACCACACACUGACUGCCGCAUCCUGCUUGAACUGCGUUCUUGUUUGAAUUGUUGAAAUGAAAUAUGCUGAUGAAAGAAAUUAGGGAACAGAAUGUGAUAUUCGGCUAUGUAUUCAUCACACCAGAUGCUAAAAUGUCACUCACUGAAAUGAUUUUAAAUCAAAGAUGUUUACUUUUAAGGAAACAUUAUUCCACUAUAAUUAAAUGUUUGCGUUAUUUUGUUAUAUGUGUAUGUCAUUGCUUACUUAUUCCGUUUUGUUCGAAUCAAAGUAUGUAAUAGUUUGUUGUGUUCACUUCCACGUGUGCUAUUACCAUAAAUAUGGUCACAUUUGAUUCAAGUGGAAUCACAAUGAACUGAUUGUUAUCAUCUCACUGUAGGCAAAAAGGCAAAAUUCCUCCCUGCAUACUUCGGCUACAUAUAACAUGUUACUGAUGACGUGGAUCUCUCUCCGAGUGACCACUGACACAGAGUAAAUGUUAUCUUCUUUUUACUUACAGUGACACACAAUAUCCACUAAAAAAUCUUCAGAUGUGCAGUAAUGUUUUAUUUCCAAUUUUUGUAACCCUUAACAAAUAAACGUCACAUGCAAGUUU